CUCAAUUGACGCCUGGUAUCAAUCAUUCUUCUCCAUGAAAAAACUCGAGACCUUUCUUCGAGAUUUUCUCCAUUUCAAACUGCUGAGACUCAACAAUUCUCUCAUUUCUCCAUAUUUUCUCCAAUCGUUUGUUCCUCUGAGCUUAACGAUACUCCAUUAAUUGUGAACUUAGGGUUUUGCUUCACAGUUUGUCACAAUUUUGAACCGCUUUUCCCGUAUGGACGCCAGGAAUUCCGACGCCGGGGCAUCUAGCUCGCCGCACCUGGCAAAUAGCACUGUGGGGAGAGUUGAUCGUCCCGGUAUUCCGCAGCUGUUUACAUCCGUGCCGUCUUUGAACGAGGCUGCUUCAUAUCUAGCUGAAACUACGUCGAUAUUCACCCGAUGCUUCCGGGAGAUUUCGACAGUGCUUCAGUUUCAAAAUCAGAAACUUGUGCAGAAGUUGGAAACUCAGAAGGUUGAAAUUAAUGCUCUUGAAGAUAAAGUUUCGCUGUUGAAAGAUAAGCAAAAGUCACAUGAGAAAACCUUAGCUCUGGUCAAUAACUCGUGGGAAAAGCUCGUUGAUGACCUGGAAUCGCGCUUUUAUUGCACAGUGGACUUUGUGAAACAUGGGAGAGGUCUUGAAUGCCAUUUAUUCAAGGAAGACGGUGAAUCAGCUCCAAAGGAUGCUCUUCUCCGACUUUUAGAAACAGGGGCAACAGAAAGUAGUUCAGCCAAUACAAUUGCGAAUUCAACUGGUGAUGGACACACGAUGAAGACGAAGAACAUACUUCACAACAUAAGAAAAGUUGGGGGCCGACAAUGUGACCUACACUAUGAGAAAAGAUUCGUGCGUUUGCCACACCCGAGGCUUCACUGGUGGAGGGCGCCGGAUUCGCAUGGUGCUCGAGAAGGGGAAGCCUUCAAAUGGAUCUUUGAUGUCCCUCGAAAACGGGUCGAAAACAUUGCUCUGACGGUGGGCGAAAAAGUUCGAAAUCAGAGACAUUUUUUGCUAGAAGGUGCUUUCGGAUUCCUUUCGGAAGCCAUGAAAUCCACGACGACAUCCAACAACGGCUCGAGCACGAGUGGUGUUGCACCAGUUCGUCACAAUUUGAACCGCUCUUCGCGUAUGGACGCCAAGAAUUCCGACUCCGAAGAAUCCAGCUCGCUGCAGUUGAAGGCAAAUAGGACUGUGGGGAGAGUUGAUCGUCCCAGUAUUCCGCAGCUGUUUACAUCUGUGCCGUCUUUGAACGAGGCUGCUUCAUAUCUAGCUGAAACUACAUCGAUCUUCACCCGAUGCUUCCCGGAGAUUUCGAGUAUUGUUCUUAAAUCGUUUACUGGUUUUAGUUAUGAUUUUGGAAGCUUUUGUCGCAAGUAUCAUGGGAAUUUCGUCACAAUUUUGAACCGCUUUUCCCGUAUGGACGCCAGGAAUUCGGACGCCGGGGCAUCUAGCUCGCCGCAGCUGGCAAAUAGCACUGUGGGGAGAGUUGAUCGUCCCGGUAUUCCGCAGCUGUUUACAUCCGUGCCGUCUUUGAACGAGGCUGCUUCAUAUCUAGCUGAAACUACGUCGAUAUUCACCCGAUGCUUCCCGGAGAUUUCGAUAAGAUCUGUAUCCCAAGACCCCGAUGGACUGGAAAUGCUGCCAUUUGUUUCGAGGGAGCAUGGCGCCAGGUCGGUUAACCGGAAUGGGGAUUCAAGCACCAGUCCAUCUGUUUCGGGAUCAAUAGUUACCAGAUACAAUGCUCCAGUAGUCCAUGGUGGUAUUACCAGGAGUUCGUCUGGUGCCUCCCCUCGAACUUCUAAUGCACUUGUCCAAUCUAAUACCAAUCAGAAUGGUCUUUCCAUUUUUCAAGGCCUCAUUGAGAGGGUGAGGAAGACAGUUCGGGGCUCUGCUGAUGACAUUGGAUGGUUGCAAAGAGAUCCCAGCAUGCCACCUGUAGAAGAUGGAACGGGAAGAUUCACAGAAAUACUCGACGAUAUACGGCAUGGUUUGCAUGCGUUGCCAAACACGAUGGUUUAUUUGUUAGUCCCAGGUCUUUUCAGCAACCACGGACCUCUGUACUUUGUGAACACAAAAACGUAUUUUUCAAAGCUGGGGCUCACCUGUCAUAUUGCAAAAAUUCACAGUGAGGCUUCAGUGGAAAAAAAUGCUAAAGAGAUAAAGGACUACAUUGAGGAAUUAUAUUGGGGCUCCAAAAAACGAGUUUUGCUGCUUGGCCACAGUAAAGGGGGUGUGGAUUCUGCCGCCUGUCUGUCUAUGUAUUGGAAUGAUUUAAAAGAUAAGGUAGCGGGCCUAGCAUUAACACAGAGCCCGUAUGGUGGGAGUCCGAUUGCUUCAGAUAUACUGAGAGAAGGCCAGCUUGGUGAUUAUGUCAACAUCCGUAAGCUUAUGGAGAUUCUCAUCUGUAAAGUGAUAAAGGGCGACAUGCAGGCCCUGGAAGACCUAACGUACGACAGAAGGAAGGAUUUCCUUCGAAAGCACCGCCUCCCGAAGGAACUCCCGCUCAUCUCCUUCCACACGGAGGCCGGCAUCUCGCCAGCUGUCCUUGCCACGCUAUCCCGCGUGGCCCACGCAGAGCUCCCCACGUUCUCUUCCGAACAGCCCCCAACCACGUUACCUGUCGUGAUCCCGCUUGGCGCAGCCAUGGCCGCUUGUGCUCAGCUGCUUCAGAUAAGAUAUGGCGAGAAAAGUGACGGGCUUGUUACUUGCCGAGAUGCGGAGGUCCCGGGCUCGGUUGUGGUGCGGCCCGCCCGAAAGCUGGAUCACGCGUGGAUGGUCUAUUCCUCCAUUACUGAUAACCCUACUGAAGCUGAUGCUUCUCAGGUGUGUGAAGCGCUUCUUACUUUGCUGGUGGAGGUCGGGCAGAAAAAGAGGCACGAGAUCGUGAACAAGAUCGAGUUUGGCUUAGAUUGUGUGUCUCGUUUUUUGAGACCUAGGGUUUCUUCCCCAGUUGGAGAAAUGUCGACCUUUUCUAUCAAUCGGUGUAGUGAUUCUAGGGUUUUGUGGGGUGUGAUUAUAAUGGCUAGUACAGGUGAGGCUGACAAGAAGCGGCGUCACUUUAGCUCGAUAUCACCCGCUGCUGCUGCCGGGAAGAAGCAACCUCUUGCGCCUUUAUCUGAGGAGAAAAAGCUUGAUGCAGCAGUGCUUCAGUUUCAAAAUCAGAAACUUGUGCAGAAGUUGGAAAGUCAGAAGGGUGAGAUUAAUGCUCUUGAAGAUAAAGUUUCGCUGUUGAAAGAUAAGCAAAAAUCACAUGAGAAAACCUUAGCUCUUGUCAAUAACUCGUGGGAAGAGCUCGUUGAUGACCUGGAAUCUCGCUCUAACUGCACAGUGGACUUUGUGAAACAUGGGAGAGGUCUUGAAUGCCAUUUAUUUAAGGAAGACGGUGAAUCAGCUCCAGAGGAUGCUCUACUGAGCCGACUUCUAGAAACAGGGGCAACAGAAAGUAGUUCAGCCAGUACAACUGCAAAUUCAACUGAAGAAGGUAGAAAUAUUGGUGGUGGAAACACGAUGAAGACGAAGAACAUACUCCACAACAUAGUAGCUUCUUUCGAUGAUCUAAACAGUUUGAAGCAUGAAUUCUAUGCUGCCUCUCAGAAGGCAAUCUCGUCUAAUGGACAGGGCCAGAAAGCAAAGGUUUCUUCUGAUUUUCAGCCUGACGUUAAGAAUUUGAGAAUACAAGCGCUUAAGCUUCACUUGAAACACAGAGAGCUUGCUGGUGAACUGCAGAGCCAUAGAGAUGCCGAUGCAAAGAAUAAAGCUGAUUUGAAGUGUUUGAAAGGGGAGCUAGAAAAUGCCAUUUCUGAAUUGGAAGAAAGUAACCGCAAAUUGGCAGUUCUAAAAGCCGAAAGGAAUGUGCCAAAUGGGCAAUUGUUCCCUGUUCUCAACCGUGGAAAUAAGCAUGUAAAUAGUGAUAAAGCAAUCGACAUGGAGGCCACAUUGAAGGAGUUAGUGGAAGAAUCCACAUCUCGGCUGCACGAGCUCAGGCGUCUUCAUGAAGACAGACUAAACACACUAAAACACUUGACAAAUUUGCAGAGCAAUCUGAAAAAUGUCGAUUGUAUUCGGUCAUCGCGAGCAUAUCACCUGCUGAAAGAUCAACUUACAAAGGCUAAAGCCGAUGCUGCACAGUAUCAAGCUUUAUGUGAGAAAUUUGAGAUCCAGAAAGAAAGUCUGUACUGGAGGGAAAAAGAAUGUCAUAUUAAAAAUGAAUUCUUAGAUGUUCUUCAUCGAUCUUCAUCAGUGGCCAACACCAGAAUAAGUGACUUGGAAUUAGAAAUACAGAGACACAUUAAAGAGAGAGAUGAAAUUGAAUCCAAACUGGAAAAAGCAUCAAAAGAACCAGGUAGGAAAGAAAUAAUUGAUGAGUUCAAAUCAUUAGUUUCAUCCUUCCCUGAGAAAAUGGGGAGCAUGCAAAAUCAGUUAGCCAAGCACAAGGAGACUGCUGCAGAUAUUCACUCUUUGCGAGCUCAUGUUGGAUCCCUAACAACGAUUCUUGACCGAAAGUCCAGAGAGUUGGAGGCUUUGACUUCGAGAUCCACUCGGCAAAAUGCUGAAAUUCUAAAAUUGCAAUCUGUGAAUAGAGAUGUAAGGUUAGCUGAAACAGACAUGAAGCUUUUUCUGGAAAUGUAUGGACAUCAAUCAACUGAUUCAAGGGAAGUCGGGGAAGCUAGAUAUUCAGAGAUCAAGGCAUGGGCUCAUGUUCAAGGUCUCAAUUCUUCUCUUGAUGAACAGAAUUUGGAGUUGCGUGUUAAGGUUGCAAUUGAAGCUGAAGCAAAAGCCCAGCAGAGAUUAGCUGCCUCGGAAGCUGAGAUUGCUGAGCUUAGACAAAAGUUUGAAGCUUCUAAAAGGGAAAAAGCAAGACUUUCUGAUACUCUGAAGUCCAAAAAUGAAGAAACUGAGGCCUAUAUGUCUGAGAUUGAGACCAUAGGGCAGGCAUAUGAUGACAUGCAGACUCAAAACCAGCAGCUUUUGCAGCAAAUUACCGAAAGAGACGACUAUAAUGUAAAGCUUGUUUUAGAAGGUGUUCGUGCAAGACAGCAGGAAGACACCUUGCUUAUGGAGAAGCGUAUGUUGGAAAAAACCACUCAGCAGACCAAGAAAACAGUUGAUUUUCUUGAGUUCAAAGCUGGUAGAAUAGAAAAUCAGUUGAAACUAUACUCCGAUCAGUUGCAGAGACUCAACGAAAAUAAAGCCCACAACUCUGCUUUGGGGGAAACUACUCAAAGAAGACUUUCAGACGUGAAGAGAUCUUGCCAGAAAGUGACGGUUACACUUGAAGAAGCACAAUCCCAGGUUGAAAGGAGUAGAGAGCAUCUAACCGGGUUGCAGGUGGAACAUGAGAAAGAGAGGGUAGAGGAGGAUCUGGAUGCUCAGCGGAGGAAAGCCGAACUACUGAAAUUACAUGCCGAGGGUUCCUUAGCUGAAAAGCUGCAGCUGGAGCUAAGGGAAUAUAAGGAAAUUCUUAAAUGCACAGUUUGCCUUGAUAGAAGAAAAGAGGUGGUCAUCACGAAAUGCUACCAUCUGUUUUGCAGCCCUUGCGUUCAAAAAAUCGUUGAAUCCCGUCACCGUAAGUGCCCAGUUUGUGCAGCGAGUUUCGGGGCUAAUGAUGUCAAACCUGUAUACAUCUGAUUAGGAAAUGUACCAUGAAUGGUGGGGUCCUAGAUGAUGUUUUACAUGCACAAUUUACUUUUUUUUUUUUAUCCAUUCAUGGGUGUCUUUUUUUUUUCCGAAUGUACUAUAUAUAAUAUAGACUUAUGCAUCUGGGUUUAUAGAGGUCUUUUCCUCUGAAAUUCCAGAUUAGCUUGGGUNAUGGUUU